GGGAGUGGGACGGCGUCGCGCGUGUGACGUCAUCUGGAAGCGCCGCGCGCGGCUGCCGGAGCCGUGACCUCCCGUGGCGAGGGAGGCUACACUGCGAUGCUGCGGCUAGUCCGGGCCGGGGCGCGGGCCUGGCUUCGGCCCACGGGCUGCCGGGGCCUGACCUCGCUGGCGGAUGAGGCGGCGCGGCCGGCGGACAAUCCAGAGCCGGUGGCGGUGGCGAGCGCGGCCGCUCCAGGUCUUCAGGCGCCCGUGCUACGCAAGUGCGAGCGCCCCAUACCCGCUCAUCUGAGCCCGGUGCAGGCCUGGAUCGAGUCCCUGCAGGGCUACGAGCAGGAGCGCGUGGGUCUGGCCGACCUGCAUCCCGACGUUUUCGCCACCGCGCCCAGGCUGGACAUCCUGCACCAGGUGGCCAUCUGGCAGAAGAAUUUCAAGAGAAUCAGCUAUGCCAAGACCAAGACUCGGGCCGAGGUGCGGGGCGGUGGCCGGAAGCCCUGGCCACAGAAGGGCAGCGGGCGGGCCCGGCAUGGCAGCAUCCGCUCCCCGAUCUGGCGAGGGGGAGGCGUCGCCCAUGGCCCCCGGGGCCCCACGAGUUACUACUACAUGCUGCCCAUGAAGCAGCGGGCGCAGGGCCUCAAGGUGGCACUGACCGUCAAGCUGGCCCAGGAUGACCUGCACAUCGUGGACUCCCUGGAGCUGCCGACCGGGGACCCCCAGUACCUGACCGAGCUGGCCCGCUACCGCCGCUGGGGGGACUCCGUGCUCCUCGUGGACUUAGAGUAUGAGGAGAUGCCACAGAACAUCGUGGAGGCCACCUCCAGGCUCAAGACCUUCAACCUGAUCCCGGCUGUGGGCCUGAACGUGCACAGCAUGCUCAAGCACCAGACCCUGGUCCUCACGCUGCCCACUGUCGCCCUCCUGGAGGACAAGCUGCUCUGGCAGGACUCGCGCUACACGGCCCUCUACCCCUUCCGCCUGCCCUACCGCGACUUUCCCUGACGGCGCCCUCGCCUCUGCCCGCACCCCUGGGAGCCUCCUGCCCACCCUGCGAGGGGGGAGGGCGGCGCUGCCCGCACCCCCAUCCCAGUGAGGAAGCGGAGGCCACAGCCAGGCAGACGUCACUGCCAGAACCCAAGCACCUGCCUCAACUCUCUCUUUUUUUUUUAAAUAAAUUUUAUUUUUUAAUCAAGGAGUCGGGAUA